CACCACGUGACCCGGUUCAUAGUUGAAAGUCAAACAUCUCUGCAGCUUCUCCUCAUGGCGGUCCUGGUGGGACGGAGAGCCUUAAUACAAGCCUUCCGCGUGCACACAGCAGACCGGGACAGCGCGUGCAGGAUAGCUGCGGCGACCGCCUGCACGAGACAGUAUGUUUUGUCCGGUAAAGCGACGACACGAGGCUACAGCUCCGACUCCAAGGAUGACCUGCGCGUCAGAUACCUCGACGGAGAGGACUCCGGUAUCGUCGUCGUUGGUAUAAAUCGACCAAAAGCCAAAAAUGCCAUCAGCAAGAAUCUGGUCAAAAUGAUGUUUGACACGCUGGAGGACAUCAAGAAGAACAACAAAGUGCGCAGCGUCAUCAUUUGCAGUUUGGUUCCCGGGAUCUUCUGUGCAGGUGCCGACCUGAAGGAGCGGGUGAAGAUGCACCAGAGUGAAGUCGGACCAUUUGUGUCCAAAGCCCGAGCGCUCAUCACAGAGCUCUGUAACCUUCCCGUCCCGACCAUCGCUGCCAUCGACGGAGCAGCUUUAGGAGGAGGUCUGGAGAUGGCGCUCGCCUGUGACAUCAGAAUUUCCUCCAAUAAUGCAAAGAUGGGAUUGGUUGAGACCAAACUUGCAAUUAUUCCAGGAGCCGGAGGGACGCAGCGUCUCCCUCGUGUUAUCAGCGUCUCUCUGGCCAAGGAGCUGAUCUUUGCGGCGCGGGUGGUGGACGGGACGGAGGCGUGUCGUCUGGGUCUGGUCAAUCACUCCGUGGAGCAGAACGAGAGCGGGGACGCUGCGUACCUGCGCGCUCUGGAGCUCUCACGAGAGAUCAACCCUCAGGGUCCAAUCGCUGUUAGGAUGGCAAAACUGGCGAUCAACCAGGGAAUAGAGGUCGAUUUGUCCACGGGUCUGGCGAUUGAAGAGGCGUGUUAUUCCCAGGUGAUUCCGACUAAAGAUCGUCUGGAGGGUUUGGCUGCCUUCAAGGAGAAGAGGCGUCCUCACUUUAAGGGCGAGUGAGGCGGUCUCUCUCUCUGCCUCCAGCUCUCAUUCUGCUCCACUGCUUUCAACAUUAACGGGCCGACUCUGUACACGUCAACACAUCCGCCUGUACAGAACCCCGCGGACGACCGUGUGCCGGCAGGACAUCGGGGACCCCUCCCACCUUCUGGUUUGACUGAAGACUUCACAGCCUAGCAGCUGCUGGGGGUGUCGUCUAACGCUGAAGGAUGUGAAGACAACUAACAGAGCAUUAACUUACUGAACACCUCCAACAUGAACUACUCACUCACUAACAUGAAUUACUCUCCUGCCGUUUGUAGAAUGAUUGGCAGUUAGUUACUAACAGUAGCAUCCUGACUAGAGAACCAAUCAGAGAGCCAGAAAAAAACACUCAGAGGUAUGCAUCAGAAGCUUUAGUUCAGCACAAAUAUAGAACAUUUAGAAAAACGCAAACUAACAUCGGACGUUUGUGCAAAUAAAUCAUUAAACACAGCUAAAUAAAGGUCAGGGGGUGGAAGUUUGGAAACUUGUUCUACAUCCACAUUUCUAUGUUUUUACUUUAAAGUACAUUUAAAUGGAAAGUUUCUCCGUUCAGAUUUCUGUCCACACUCAAACUAAAAAUCAGCAGAUGUAGAGAACAACCUCAGCAGUCGUGUGGAUGGUUUGGUCGUGAGAUGGGGACAAGUUGUGAUAGAUUGAACCAAUGCAGCUGGCCAUUAGCAUCUGCACUUUUUUUUUUUUUUACGAAAACAAAAAAUAGAAGUCCUAGUCUUCCACUGAUGGCUAUUUGCUUGUUUUUAAUUACCAAAAACUGCCCGCGAACUCCUGCACACAUUGCAGAAAUUAGUUGGCAAUGUAGUCCGUGCUCUCUCUCUCUCGACAGCAUUUUAGUUAAACAUCCGACCGAAGACAAGUUGUUUUUUUUAAAGAGUCUGUACUUUUCGAUACUACCGACCAUUAAAACAACAGAUUGUUUUCAAACCUGUCGUAUCGUUAAGUGUUUAAUUAUCCAGACUUCUGACAAGCUCAGUAACACUACAGCGUCGACGUACUGUUUCUUUAAAGGCUUUAUAUGCGAUUAUAUGCGACUCACAGCUUAUUUCAAUGUCAUAUAAGCGUUUUUAGAUCACGGUCAUUUCUGGUAAAUUUACAUGAAGUGUGAAGAUACAAGAUAAUAAUAAAGAUUGCUAGCAUUAGCAUGCUAACACAGCAAUGCAGCGCAAGUUGUUUUAGUGUCAUGCUGGUGCUCAAGGGCGACAUCUGGUGGAUCAAAAAAUCGCAUAUUAAGCCUUUAAGAGCUCUUUGCCACAUCUCUCUGCCUUCAUCAGCGUGUGGUUCUGUUUCAGUGAGUAACCAAUAACAGUUUUAAUCACUGAUAAAAAUAAUCUCUGCAGGUAGAAUCGUUCACUGCGUUAAAAGCCAUGACAGAGUUUCUGUGUCGACCUCGUGCUGUUUGACUGCGACAGAGCGACAAACGCGUUAAACUCUCGAGAACGUCUGAAACAGAAAAAGCACGUCUCCAUCUUCUGUUUCAGGACGUGAGAGAACAAAUAAUAACGUGUGUUGUUGUCCUUUAACACCUGAGAAUGUAUACGCCAUGCCUUGUGUGUUUGUGAGUUCAGAUUUGUUUCCACAGAAACGCAGUGACAUCAUCAUUUACGUCACCUCCACUGAGUUGCCUUUUUCUUUUCCUUCUUGUCUGUUUUAGUUUCUGUUGAUUUUAUGUACCAGAAUGUGGAGUUUUCAUUGAUCUUUGUUAAUGUGACUUGUGUUUGUAAAUCAGUAAAAAGCCUCAAACUGCUUCAAUGAACCUGUCGCCAUGGAGACGGUCUGUUAGACCUCGUCUCACUGCUGUGAAUAAAUCUGUCGCACAGAAAA